CUCUGGUGACGUCAUUAUAAACAAACAUGGCGGACCGCUGGUGGCUAACGUAGCUAGCACGUUUAACACAAAACUUUAUUUUAAUCCGUCCUGCGCGGGAAGGAUUAUAUAAUUAUAAUAUUCAAUAAAUACGCAGCUAUUCGUUCGUCUCUUCGCUUUGUGUUGGGCACAGUUAACAGUUUAUAGACGCACUUAUUGAUUAUUAAUGUGACGUUUCUUCGGAGCUAGCUUCGCUUGUAGGUUACCAUGGCAACAUUAGCCAACAGUUAGCUAGCCGUUAGGUCAGGUGACUGCUGGUCACCUGGGAUUGAUCCGUUUCUACUCUUCAUCACCUGAUCCGUUUCUACUCUUCAUCACCUGAUCCGUUUCUACUCUUCAUCACCAGUACCCGGUGUGCCUGUGAGGACAUGGAGCAGUACAGCAUUCUGGGUCGGAUCGGAGAAGGAGCUCAUGGCAUCGUCUUCAAGGCCAAACACAUCGAGACGGGGGAGACGGUGGCUCUGAAGAAAGUGGCUCUGAGGAGGCUGGAGGACGGCAUCCCCAACCAGGCUCUGAGGGAGAUCAAGGCCCUGCAGGAGAUCGAGGACAACCAACACGUGGUGAAGCUGAAGGACGUGUUCCCUCACGGUACCGGCUUCGUGCUGGUCUUCGACUUCAUGCUGUCUGACCUCUCUGAGGUCAUCAGGAACUCUGAGCGACCUCUGACCCCGGCUCAGGUCAAAGGUUACAUGAUGAUGCUGCUUAAGGGCGUGGCCUUCCUGCAUCACAACAACAUCAUGCACCGGGACCUGAAGCCAGCAAACCUCCUCAUCAGUUCUUCAGGUCAUCUGAAGAUUGCAGACUUUGGUCUGGCCAGGUUGUUCAGUGAUCAGGGAGAGAGACUGUACAGCCACCAGGUGGCAACCAGGUGGUACAGAGCUCCUGAGCUGCUGUACGGAGCCAGGAAGUACGACGAGGGAGUCGACCUGUGGGCAGUGGGCUGUAUCUUCGGGGAGCUGUUGAACUCGUCUCCUCUGUUUCCUGGAGAGAACGACAUUGAACAGCUCUGCUGCGUCCUCAGAGUGCUGGGAACGCCAACACAGGACAGCUGGCCUGAGAUCGUCGAGCUUCCUGAUUACAAUAAAAUCACCUUUAAGGAGAAUCCUGCGAUCCCAUUGGAGGAGAUCGUCCCCGACUCCUCCCCUCAGGCCGUCGACCUGCUCUACAAGUUCCUGGUUUAUCCGUCCAAACAGCGCUGCUCCGCCCGACAGGCUCUCCUCCAUCCGUUCUUCUUCUCCUCUCCUCUUCCCGCUCACCACUCAGAGCUGCCCAUCCCUCAGAGGGGGGGCCGACCCCCCCGCCAGCGCCUGCAGGCUCCGCCCACCGACUUCUCAUUGGACCUGCCCCUGCAGAGAAGCGUGGUAGACCCUGUGCUGCUGCAGGGCCACGCCUCCUGCCUCUGAGCGACCAAUCAUCUUCCUCCGUCAGAGACUGAUGUUGUUUGAUUUGUAAUAAAGUUAAUAAUAAAUAUUCUAUAAUGAAA